AAAAACUGCUUUAAAAGAGAUUAAAAAAAAAAAACCCGUACAGACAGGCCUGUUUCAUUUUAGGGUUCUAAGUUGAAUGCUAAACUAAACACUAAACCCUGCAAAUCCCUCCAAUUUUCUCACCCUCUCUAAGUAAUUUACUUCUUCUUCUUCUCCGCUGAAGAAACUCAACUUCAGUUCUUGUACGCAUCUGUUUCGCUCGCUCCUCCAACUUCGCGAGGAAGAUAGAGAAAGAGUGACGCGAAAUGAGCAGCUGGAAGAGUCUCCUCUUACGAAUCGGCGAUAAGUCUCCCGAGUAUGGCACCUCCGGCGACUUUAAAGAUCACAUAGACACAUGCUUUGGCGUACUUCGGCGGGAGCUUGAGCACUCUGCUAACGAUAUUUUGCCCUACCUUCUCCAAUGUGCUCAACAAAUUCCUCACAAAAUUCCUUUAUAUGGGACAUUGGUUGGUUUGUUGAACUUGGAAAAUGAGGACUUUGUUAAGAAACUAGUGGAGAAUACUCAAACUACUUUUCAGGAUGCCUUGAAUUCUGGAAAUUGUGAUCAAAUUCGUACUUUGAUGCGAUUUAUCACUGCUAUGAUGUGUAGCAAAGUUCUCCAACCUGGUUCUCUGGUAGUUGUCUUUGAAACAUUAUUAUCAUCAGCUGCCACAACAGUGGAUGAGGAGAAAGGAAAUCCUUCAUGGCAAGCUUGUGCUGAUUUUUACGUGACUUGCAUCUUGUCUUGCCUCCCUUGGGGAGGUGCAGAACUCGUUGAGCAAGUUCCGGAGGAAAUUGAGAGGGUCAUGGUUGGUUUAGAAGCCUAUUUGAGCAUUAGGAGGCAUGCUUCAGACACUGGUUUGUCUUUCUUUGAGAAUGAUGAUGAUGAAUUUGAGAAGUGUGUUGUUAAAAAGGAUUUCUUGGAAGAUUUGUGGGAGCGGAUUCAAACUCUAUCAAACAAUGGAUGGAAAGUUGAUAGUGUUCCAAGGCCUCACCUUUCAUUUGAAGCUCAGCUGGUUUCUGGAAAGUCUCAUGAAUUUGGGGCAAUCAGCUGCCCUGAGCAACCUAAUCUGCCAUCAACUAUUUCUGGUAUAACUUAUGGUAAACAAAAGCAUGAAGCAGAGUUGAAGUAUCCUCAAAGGAUAUGCAGGCUUAAUAUAUUUCCGGCAAGUAAGAGUGAGGAUAUGCAACCUAUUGAUCGCUUUAUCGUGGAGGAGUAUUUGCUGGAUGUGCUUUUGUUCUUCAACGGCAGUCGAAAGGAAUGUGCUUCUUUCAUGGUCAGUCUGCCUGUGCCCUUCCGAUAUGAGUAUCUCAUGGCAGAGACAAUCUUCUCUCAGUUGCUUUUGCUACCUCAACCUCCCUUCAAGCCCAUUUAUUACACAUUGGUUAUUAUGGAUCUCUGUAAGGCUCUUCCUGGAGCCUUCCCUGCAGUUGUUGCUGGUGCAGUCCGUGCUCUUUUUGAGAAAAUAGCUGACUUGGAUAUGGAGUGCAGAACACGGUUCAUUCUGUGGUUUUCACACCACCUGUCAAACUUCCAAUUUAUCUGGCCUUGGGAAGAAUGGGCUUAUGUCUUGGAACUCCCUAAAUGGGCCCCACAACGUGUGUUUGUUCAAGAGGUGUUGGAAAGGGAAGUUCGUCUAUCUUACUGGGACAAAGUUAAGCAGAGCAUCGAGAAUGCACCUGCUUUAGAAGAGUUGCUUCCCCCAAAAGGCAGUCCAGAUUUCAAGUACAGUGUGGAGGAUGAUCGAGAGAAAAAUGAGGAACAUACACUUUCUGCAGAACUUACUAGUAAGGUUAAAGGAAGGCAAAGUGCACGUGAAAUAAUUGCGUGGGUAGAAGAAAGUUUAUAUUCUGUUCAUGGUUUGGAAGUAACCCUCAGUGUAGUUGUGCAAACACUUCUUGAUAUUGGAUCAAAGAGUUUCACUCAUUUGAUCACUGUCUUGGAGAGAUAUGGGCAAGUCAUUUCAAGAAUUUGUCCUGAUCAGGAGAAGCAGGUGAUGCUGAUAGCAGAAGUGAGUUCUUACUGGAAGAACAACGCACAAAUAACAGCCAUAGCAAUUGAUAGAAUGAUGGGUUACCGUCUUAUUUCUAAUUUGGCCAUUGUGAGAUGGGUCUUCUCUCCAGCAAAUAUUGACCGAUUUCAUACAUCAGAUCGCCCAUGGGAGAUCCUUAGAAAUGCAGUUAGCAAGACGUAUAAUCGAAUCUCUGAUCUAAGGAAAGAGAUUGCAUCUCUUAAGAAGGAUGUUGCAUUAGCUGAAGAAGCUGUGGUGAAGGCACAGGCAGAUUUGGAGGCUGCUGAGUCAAAACUUACACUGGUAGAUGGUGAACCUGUUCUUGGUGAAAACCCUGCAAGGACAAACCGAUUGAAAUUACAAGCUGAAAAAGCAAAAAAAGAGGAGGUAUCAGCUCAGGAAUCUUUAGAGGCCAAGGAGGCUCUUUUUGCUCGGGCCUUAGAUGAAAAUGAGGCACUGUUCCUUUCUCUUUACAAAAGUUUCUCAAGUGUAUUGAGUGAACGUUUGCCUGAUACAUCAAGUGCUGGUACAUUGCGGGAAUUAAAGUCUGUCCCUGCAGAUGCCAUGGCUGUUGAUGCUGAAGAAUCUUCAGCAAUGGACUUGGAUGAUGAAAAUGGAAGACCUAAAAACAGUCAAUCCAAUGGUGGGAGCACGAGUGACGUUUAUAAUAUAGGUGAAAAGGAGCAAUGGUGUUUAACAACUCUGGGCUACGUCAAGGCCUUCUCGAGGCAAUAUGCUUCUGAGAUAUGGCCUCAUAUCGAGAAGCUUGAUGCUGAGGUUCUAACCGAAGAUGUGCAUCCUCUUUUCCACAAAGCAGUUUACUCUGGUUUACGCCGGCCCAUCAACUAAGUCUUGUCUGGUAAUUCAUUGUUGUAAGUUAGAACUCUUUAAAUGUCUUUUCUCAGAUGUAAAUGACAUCAACAGAUGAAACAAGAGAAAGAAGUUUUAGCGGCAACGUUUUCUAUUGGAUCUUUUAUUUUUUCCGUUUGCAGCUAAUUCAACUAUCUGGUAGAUUAAUGAACAAAACAAAAAAUCUGAAGCUA